AUGGGAUCCGCUGCCAGUCUGACUAGAGAUUCCUUGCAGGAGAGCAGGUGCAUCCUCCCUUCUGCAAAUUCGCCAGAUCUCGUGCAGGAGCCAGAGCAGCAGACAGACUUGGCUCGAGCUUUGACCAUCGAGCCUGAGGACCAGUCACCUGGCGACGAUAUCGAUUGUAUGUUGAGCUGGCGAUCAUGGGGUCCAGGAAACUCAACUCCUUUCAUUCGCCGCCGUGGUGUGCGACAUCAUGAGAUGUACAUGGCCCUCCUGAAUGCCUUCCAGCAAGAGGUGGAAAUGUCACCGGACUCUCUCGAGCUGAGCGUGGCUGCCCAUCGCGGCGAGCCGGGUAAGGCCAUUGCCUAG